CUAGACCGAAAUUCAAUUCAAUUUGGUCAACAUUUCAACAUCAUAAUUUGACAACCUCUCAUCAUUUAAUGGGGUGUGAGGAUAUUCACGUCUAUGGUAGCAGAGUUUGUUCCUAACUAACCCCCUGUUUUUGUAUGUCUGUGAUACGGAGUACAGAGUACUAUCUACCAUGUCUUCCCCAGAGAUUGACGAAAAAACGGCCGGCUUACCCGCUGGAAAGGACAUUUUACGCCCAGUGAGCGAAUCCGAUGAGGACGCGCCCACCGCGGAAGAGUUGGAGACCCUGCCUCGCGUGCCCGGACAGCUCCCCAUCGUUGCAUAUCUCAUCUGUGUCGUCGAGUUCUCCGAGCGAGCUUCAUACUAUGGUGUUUCUGGCCUUAUCUCUAACUUUGUCAAUCGUCCGCUACCCGUCGGCGGCAAUGGCUACGGGGCACCCCCGCGAGGAACGCAGCAGACUGCCGGCGCCUUGGGCAUGGGGACGGUAAAGGCAAAUGCCGUCAACCAAUCAUUCAGCAUGUUGGCUUAUUCCCUACCCAUGUUAUUCGGUUAUCUUUCCGAUGCUCAUACCGGCCGCUUUAAGAUGAUUUGCUGGGGUGUCCUGGUUUUCGGCAUCGCUCACGCCUUGAUGGUCGGGUCGACUGCGCCAACACUACUUGCUAAUGGAGGUGCUAAGGCUCCCUACUUCAUCUCCUUGUAUCUUCUGGCAGUCGGUGCGGCCAUGUUUAAACCCAACGUCUCCCCGCUCCUGCUUGAUCAGAUGCCCUCCACCAAGCCCAAGACCAAGGUCCUGCCUAGUGGCGAGAAAGUCAUCGUUGACCCCGAGGCCACCACUGAGCGUGCUAUGCUAUGGUUCUAUCUGCUCAUCAAUAUUGGUGGCUUCAUGCAGGUUGCCACCUCGUAUGCUGAGAAGUACAUUGGAUGGUGGUUGGCGUUUAUCCUGCCACUGUUCUUGUAUCUUCCGCUCCCUGCCCUCUUGUUCUGGCUUCGUAAACGCCUUGUCCUGUACCCCCCCGGCGGUAGUGACCUGCCUAAUGUCGUUCGUGUCUUGGGUAUCUGCCUCAGUCGUGGAGGUAUUUUCCGCAUCGGGCGUCACGGCUUUUGGGAUGCAGCCAAGCCGUCAGUGAUUGCAGCCAAGGGUCUGGACAUAAAGACUACAUGGAAUGAUCAGUUUGUCGAAGACGUCCGGCGCACAUUCCAGGCCACAGGAAUCUUCUGCUUCUUCCCCAUUCAAUACCUCAACGACAACGGGUUAGGUAAUGCGGCAAGCUUCUUGUCGACGAUGUUGACAACAAAUGGUGUGCCCAACGAUGUCAUUAGCAACUUCAAUUCUCUGAGCAUCAUUUUAUUCGCCCCGAUUCUCAACUAUAUCCUUUACCCGUUGCUCCGUCGCUUCCACAUCCGCUACGGCCCCGUCGCCCGUAUCACCACCGGAUUAGCCAUGUCUUCGAUUGGCGGUGUCGGCUACACCGUUCUUAACUACUAUGCCUACAAACUGGGACCAUGUGGCAAGUACGGUUCCUCCGACACAUGUGUUGAUGCCGACGGCGUUUCUUUGGUGGCUCCCAUCACAAUUUGGUGGAUGGCCAUCCCCUUCGCGCUCGGUGGUAUCUCCGAACUCUUCGUCAACGUGCCAGCCUACGGUAUCGCGUAUUCCCGUGCCCCAAAGAACAUGCGGGGCUUGGUCUCCGCCAUCAAUCUACUCAACACCGCUGUUGCUUAUGCCAUCGGUCUCGCUUGCUCGGCUGUUGUCAGGGAUCCAUACUUGACCUGGGAUUUCGGAGGUCCCUCAAUUGCUGGUGGCGUCCUCACCGUUGUCUUCUACUUCACAUUCCGCCAUAUUGACAAGGAAGAAUACACGUUAAGCGACAAUGAUGAUUACCAUCUCGAGCUUGAAGGCACUGCUAACGUAGUCACGGAAAAUUUGCACAACAAGACAACCAACCUAACCCCUGCAAUUGCAGAGAGGGAGGAGUUCGGGAUCUCACCAAAACAGUGAAGUGCUGACGAAAUGAGCAACUGUGCUGCUGUAACUUGGAGACUGCCCGGUAGCGAGCGAGGACACCGGGCUUGUCCUGUUCUAUAGAACAAUAGCAAGUAAUUAACCACUAUCAGAUUUUUACCUUCCUGUACAAUGUAGAAGAUUAUUUGAAU